GGAAAAUAGACCCCUGGCCCAUCUCUCUCUCCCUAGAGACGGAGAAACUCAACUAAUCUAUUUCGUCUUCUCCGACAAUUGUCUCCAGUUGCGUUUCCGAAUCGGAGCCGUACAUUAAUCGUCCUAAGGGUUCCACGAACCCUCAGUCUUACUACGAACCAUAUACACUAUACAAGAACAAGAGCCUGUUGUUGUCGGAAUGGAACAAGAAGAUGCGGAGAGAAGCACCACCGUCGUUGUUGAGUCGACGACCUCGGAUUUAGAUCCGAUAGCACGAGUGAGGAAGCUCUUGUUCCGCCAGAUGCUCGUUGGAAUCAAAGACGGGAGAUUCUUCCUCGGCAGUUUCCACUGCAUUGACAAACAAGGAAACAUCAUUCUCCAAGACACCGUUGAGUAUCGCAGCGUCAGAAGAUCCUCUCCGUCCCCUACUGAACAACGUUGUCUUGGUAUGAUCCUCAUCCCCGCCUCUUGCAGGACCUCUUGCCAUGUUGAUUGCUCCAUCGAGGAACAGCUUUCAUUGAUUCAGCUCAAUGAGUAGAAGAGCCUCGACUUGAUGAGUGUUGGUCUCUUGAUUCCAUGUCAUUGUAUUUCAUGAUUUAAUGAGAGUCACAUAACUUUGUGGAGAUUAAUGUAUACAUGCAUUUGGAAGCCCUUUUCGGAA